UUCAACGACCUAGUACGAUGUUGCCUUCCUUGAGAGUAAUUGCAGUUGUAACAAUCUUCAUCUCAAUUUAUGGAAUUCAUGCCAGAAAUAUUCCGGGUAAUAUAUUAAAUCUGAUCAUCGAGCAGUGUGAUAGAAUAGCUGAUGAUAUGACUAUCAAUGGAAAAACUUCUAGUCAUAUUUUAGGGUUUGUUGGCAUUAUGAGAAAGGGCUCAUUUAAAGGGCUAGAUGGCGACGGCUCCAUAGAAUCGGCUAUAGCGAAUAAUGUUUUCCGACCACCACUACCGUCACCUCCACCACCUAGGCCACCUCCGGGACCCCGUUCUAGUGUAUCGCCCUUCAUUCAAGAAAUUACCGCUGCGUGAAGAUCAAAUUUUCGAAUUUUAGUUUGUGUGAUGAUGUCUACCAAAUUAUAUAAAAGGUUAAUUAAUGUUUCAGUAAUUUUAUUUGUAAUGUACAAAACAUAUAAAAUAAAUGAGGUGUGAUGUACAUAAGUUCAAAGUCAUGUUGGACUAGCUCUUAUAUUUUAAAAUGAUUGUUUGAUUGUGUAUUAUGUAAACUUUUAUAGACUUGAUAUGUAGUGCUGAAUUAUAUA